AGCAGCGUUUCAGGUGUCGCUGCAGUGUUUCUGUUAAUAUUUCACAAAGUUGCAACUUCCACGCUCUCUGUUACAUAGUGUCAGAUUAAUAAUUAGACUGUAGCAUUGUCAAGAUGCUCAUAAACCCCUCCUCAAGCAUAAACCUAUGCAUGUAGCCUCGGUCUCGUCCUAGGUUUGAAGAAACGUGAUCAAAUAUUGCUGCAAAUUAAUUCAGUAAUGUAUAACUAAUUAUACAAAAUAUUUGAAUUGUAAAAUAAACAGUCAAAUACUGUUUACUUGAGCCGCUGUAUCGAAGUGUGUAGGGUUUUGGCUUCCAGAGGGAGUGUUUUUCAAGUUACACAGACAAAAUGAUAGAAUCAGACAGGGCUGUAGUUGCACGAAGUUUAGUUCAGCAAUGCCUGUAUGGCAGACUGCAAGUGAAGCCACCAACACAGGACUCGGAAGCAGAAUGGGUUGAGAUUCAGAGAGGAAUGGUGAUUUAUAUCUGCUUUUUCAAAGGGGCAACUGAAGAGACAAUCCCUAAAAUAGUGAGCACACUAUUAAACGUGAAGCUGUGCGAGACAGAGACUGGUAGGUAUGUGUCUGUUCUCGACCUGCCUGGGAAUGUUCUGAUAGUCCCACAGGCUACCCUGGGCGGUAAAGCCAAAGGAAAGAGCAUGCAGUACCACGCCAACAUCGGGAAGGAGGAGGGAAUGCAGCUCUAUGCCAGCUUUGUGGCUCAGUGUGAAAAAGAGCUCUCAUCUUCCAGCAAAUGCACUGAAUCAGGAGUAUUGGUCAAACAUGGGACCUAUGGGAAUAGACAAGUAUUGAAACUGGACACCAAUGGACCUUAUACACAUUUGAUUGAAUUUUAACUGCAUCACUCCUGAUUUCUGUCCUGUUUCCGUUACCUCGUUUUUGUUUUGGGGCCAGGUGUUGCGACACGUCUUUUUAUAUUUCUGUUCCAAAUUACAUUUGUGAGAUUCAAAAUAAAUAUAUUGCUGCUAAAUCAAAUGUAGCUAUCAACUUUCUCAGUAUCUCAUCAGUUUGUGGAAUUUUUUUUAACUAAUGCUGAAAUGUCAUACUCCAGAUGUUGUUUUAUAUAUAUAUAUAUUUUUAAUAUCUAGUUAUGUGAGAGAAAAUUAAACAAUAUAGCAAACCUUAACGUGACAUUACAAUGUGAUCUGAUGCCCAAAAAAGUCAGAUUGCAGUAUCACAUCAGUAUCGGCGUCUACUAUGUAUUAUAAAAAUUUGCUUUACAGUAUCAUAUCAGAAUUAUUUAGAAUGGCCUGAAUAUGCCCUUUUAUUAGACAAAAUCAUCCACUGUUUUAUUUAAAAUGUAAUUUGAGAAAGAAAUAUGAACAACCUUACCAACUAAGAGGAAUAAAAAAUAGUUCUUAAACCAUUAAAGAAUUACAGUCAAACUUUAUUUAAACCACCAGGACUACUGAAGUGGCACUAACAUCCCUGUUGGCUCUUAGUGUCAUAACUACUACAUUCACAUCUUUGCAUCAAGAAAUGUGAUUUUUCUCAGUACAUUUUGCAUCAUCCACGAGAAUAAUGUUGUUAUAUAAUGACUAUGGUUACAUGUAAUAUAAAAUGAAUAAUUACCAUGCAUUCCUGAAAGAAAUAUACACCUAAAAUUAAAGAAAAUACAAUCCUUUUGCAUGAUGUUGUUCUGCUGUAAAUGUGUUGCUGAUAAUGUUUGCUGUUUCCUUUCCUCUCAGAAAUUGCUAUUGAUGUAUUAUUGCAGCUUGUGAUUGCAACAGGGUUACGCUCGCCUUGGGUUGAAAACAUGCAUGGCUAUAGCCACAAAACAAACGUUGAGGGGCAAGGGUCAUGCAUCAGCGCGCCCUGGGAUGAAAAUAUGUAGCGUGAAACGAUCGUGUCUAACCCGAAUCUCACCCCGUAGAUUGUAGAGCAAGGCAAAUUUGAAUGCAGUCAGGGCUGAACUCGGGUGAGUCACCCCGGGGCCGCCCUGUGUCGACUCGACCCGGGGUUGGAUGGUGUAGUGUGAAAGUGGCUUAAGUUGUGAGAAAAGAACAAACAAAGCAGAUCUUACUUCCAGAGCUCGGCAACUCUACGAAAUCAACCCACCCUGAACUUAAGCAACCCCAGCCCUAAAACCUAACCCUAACCGAAUACCUAACCCUAAACCUAACCAUUAAAAACCAUCUGAUGCCCUCUGGACAGUUUGAUGUGGUUAUUCCUUUGUACUGCUAUCAGAGAUGCCGAUUCGAGGUGUACCAUCAAAAUUGGUAUGUGGGAAAUCGGACACUGAUUUUUGUGUUCCUAGUGCCUAUUCAAUGGGAAGACUAUUUUGAUUUGCACACCGAAAAUAGAUCGCUUCAUUUUUGCCCAGUCACCGGUCGGGUGCCAUAAGCAUUUUCAUAACAAAUCGGUAAAGAUUCUUAAGUUAAUUCUUAAGUCAAGGUUCUGAAAAGUAUCUGAACGGUGUUCCGGCUCGAAUACACCAGUGUUCAUAGGGAAAGUCUUAAUAGAUGUAAGAAAUUGUAUUGUAUUAUAGGCCUAUAUUGAUACUGCUACAGCCAAGGUAGUUUGCUUUAAAUUCAGUUUUGGUAAGUGGCAUUAAACCAAAGUGUCUUUAGAAGCUAUAGCAGGGAGAUAAUUUAAGACAGUCAUCAGAAGCUGAAGUUGAUUGGUGAAAUAUUCUUUAUUGUUAUUAAAGGUAGUCAAUGUUG